UAAAACUGAACAAGAUGUUGCCCGUACCACAAGACCGUAUGUCAGGUCGCCGGAGCAGCUCCAUAGUCAGUCGUACAUUGUUGGGACGAAGAGCUUCAGUGUACGUAACCGGCAAUCAUCAGGAUCCAGCGAAGUUGAUAACUGAGAUCAACGUGCAGCUGGCGCUGUUCCGCGACCUGCUCAUCCACAUCGGCCAGCCGCCCGACUGCCCCGAGCUGCGCGAGCGCGUGCGCCGACUGCGCCGAGCCUGCGUCGAAGCCACGAAGCAAACUAGCCAGCUCGUUUUACCUACAUGCAAAAAGACUACAAGCGAGGGAUGUGCGGAGCAGCCUCAGUUAGUGUUACUGUAUUUCAUGUCGCAACUGUUGCUGCGCGAGCUCGCCAAGUGUCACCGUCUUGUACAGCUCGUGCCUAUGGAUAUGACCUCAUAUUACGAGAAUCGUGCCGGCCCAUCGAACUUCGGGAACGUGAUAAGUCAAAUACUUCUGUGCAAACAAAUAACUCCUGACUUCAAUCAGGAAGAACUGUGCAGUAUUGCCAAAGAUACUCAAGAUAUUAACAGGAUAGUAAAUGAUAUUCAAGAAUACCUGCCGCAACACGAAAACCUCAACCAUUUAGAAACAAAUGUAGCGCUCAAAGGUGAGGACAUGAACGGCUUAUGGAAGAAUAAGCGACGGGGAUCUCUUUACAAAGGAAUGGGUGUUCUGUGCUGUAUGUCCCGACCGAACUAUCUUUGAGGGUGACAAAUAUCACCCACUGAGCACCAAAUAUACAAAUAAGGAGAUGUCGCUCAAGUGUUAUGUUUAAUACUCAAGAAUG